CUCAGUGUUUAGUGAUGAGGGCGAAUCAAAGAGAGAUGAAAGCAACGUCCUCCGUGACCCGAAGAAAAGAAAAAGUCCUGACCAACUGGACAGCGAGCAUCCAGAGAAGAAGCAGCGCUUCAACCCAGUCGAUGGUAAGACUUCCUGUUCAUAUGCCUCCAUUAUGGAGUAUAUUAGUAUAUUACUAAACAUGUGCAACCAAUCUGUUUUAUGAGUAAAAAAUCAAAUCACUAUGUCAAUGCAGCUAACGUUAUGUUGCUUGAUUACUAUUAUUUGAUAGUCUAACUUACCCGAACAUGUCUUCUUUUGAAAGGACUUCCAUACACACAAGGUCAUUUGCUGGGUGAAGGUGGAUUCGGAUCGGUGUAUGCUGGAAAUCGCAUAUCUGAUGGAUUGAAAGUAAGUCAUUCUCUCAUUGUUUAAACUACCUUCAGAAAUGAUCUUAGUUAAACCCCAAAAGCAGCGUUAGAGUUUUCACACUCGUAGCUCUUUUACUGUUAUAUGAGAGCUGUCUGAAAAGACACAUAACCUGUUCUGUCAUUUUAGAUUUUUCGUAUGACACACAAUUAACGUAACAUUAACACUCAAGUUCUUAGCAGAGACUUUAACUAAAGCGGCUAAACAACAAACAGCUUUUAGCUAUUGGCAAAACAAAUCAUUGUCAUUGUUUUUGGCUUUGCAGGUUGCCAUCAAGUACGUCGCGAAAGACCUGAUAGAUGAGCAGAUAGAAGUGGUAAGUUCAAUCUGAUGUGGUUAUUUUACAUCUUAUUGGUUUGUAUAAACAUACACAGUUAACAUACAUAAUGAAACAUUCAUUUUCCAAAUUUCACUAACAUUGCAGGAAGGUCAAGGUUUGCUGCCCAUUGAGGUGGCACUGAUGAUUCGUGUCGAUUCAGAUCCGGCCUGUCCCAACAUUCUGCACCUCAUCGAGUGGUUUGAAACACCCGAAGAGUACAUCAUGAUCCUGGAACGGCCUGACCCUUGCAAAGAUCUCGACAAGUUCUGUUACGAGCAGGGACAUUUGGAAGAGAGCCAGGCCAAGUGGGUGCUGGUCCAACUGAUCAGGGCUCUCAAACACUGUGAGAGCAAGGGAGUCCUGCACCGAGACGUCAAGCCCCAGAACAUCCUCAUCCGCACCGACACGCAUGACAUCAAGCUGCUGGAUUUUGGUUGUGGGGACUUGCUGAACGACUCGGACUACAAAAUGUUUGCAGGCACUUUGGAUUAUUUUCCACCCGAGUGGUACCGCUACAGGAGCUACCGUGCAGGACCAGCUACCGUUUGGUCGGUGGGAGUGACACUGUACAACAUUCUGUGUGGCACGCUCCCAUUCAAGAACAGAGAAGACAUCCUCCGAGGCAGACUGCGCUUCACCAGAGAUCUUUCUAUAGGCAAGACAGGGCUAACUUUAAACUGUCCAUGAAGAGACCAAUAUCACGCCUAAACCUGGGAGUCAUUUGUUAUUUUGCAUUAUUGAAGACAGGUUGUUGUAUGUUGUAUGAAACAGAAUGUCGCAGCUUCAUUAGAUGGUGCCUAAAAGCAAACGCAGACAAUCGUCCCAGCCUGGAGGACAUUGAGGGGCAUCCCUGGCUACGGUCAACAGGUGCUUUAUUCACUGGACAGUUACUAUUGAUGCAAAGUACUUGUGUAAUAUACAUUGUUAUGCAUAUGUUAAAUAUUGUUUAUUUUUGUAAGUAGACAAAAGUAUCCCAAAGUGCCAUGUCUUAAAUUGUAUUGUUUAGACCAAAUGUAUAUGUAGAAGUUCAAAUGUUGUUGUUUAUGUAGGGUUAGCAGACAGCACAUGAGCAGCAGAAAGGAAUGAUUAGACAGCAAAGAAAACUGUCAGCGACAGUCAUUCAGAGCGGCAGUUAUCCAGCGACAGUCAUUCAGAGCUGCAGUUAUCCAGCGACAGUCAUUCAGAGCUGCAGUUAUCCAGCGACAGUCAUUCAGAGCUGCAGUUAUCCAGCGACAGUCAUUCAGAGCUGCAGUUAUCCAGCGACAGUCAUUCAGAGCUGCAGUUAUCCAGCGACAGUCAUUCAGAGCUGCAGUUAUCCAGCGACAGUCAUUCAGAGCUGCAGUUAUCCAGUGACAUUAAAUCAUUCAGAGCUGCAGUUAUCCAGUGACAUUAAAUCAAUCA